AUGACGGAAACCGAACUUCCCAGUCCGCCCUUUGUGCCAAUCUCUGGCCUGCCCAAUUUCCGCGACAUUGGAGGUUACCCAGUGGGUGAUUCCAAGGUCGUGCGCCGCGGCUUAGUCUUCCGCUCCUCGGAGCCGUCCAAGGUUACCGACGACGGGGUGUCGAAGUUGCAGGACCUAGGUAUUGCGAAGGUGUUUGACCUGCGCUCGGCGGUGGAGAUCGAGAAAGGCUUACGUGACGGCUACGGCUGGAAGAUCAAGGAGUGGGACGGUGCGAGCCGCCAUUUCGUUCCUGUCUUCUUAGAUCAGGACUAUUCGCCGGAGGCAUUAGCUGUUAGGUACAAGAACUAUUCUUCAGAACAUGCAGAGGGUUUCAUAGCAGCGUAUAGCGAUAUACUCGUUGCGGCGGCUUCGUCGAGUAAUAGUUACGCGCCAUUCAAGACGAUACUAGAGCACCUAGCCUCACCUUCAUCUUCCCCGCCGACGCCCUGCCUCAUCCACUGCACAGCCGGUAAAGAUCGUACCGGAGUGAUCUGCGGGCUGAUCUUGAGCUUAUGCGGUGUACCCGAUGAUGUUGUAGCGCAUGAGUAUAGCUUGACGGACUUGGGGCUCAAGUCGCGUCAUGAGGAGCUCAUUUCACAUCUGAUGAGCAACCCAGCGCUACGGGAUCACCCAGUAGCUGCUAGGAGGAUGAUUUCAUCCCAGAAAGAGGCCAUGCUGGGCACAUUGGCCAAGAUCCGCAAUACUUAUGGAUCAGUCGAGAAGUGUGUCGUUGACUUGGGACUACUAUCACUUGACGGGAUUAGGCAGCUACGAAGCAACCUAAUUGUCGAUGUGGACGAGAAAGGAGUAGUGUCAUGGCAGGACCAUGCCAAAUUAUUGCUGUGA